AUGGUUGAUGUGCCUCGUAAUUUCCGACUUCUCGAAGAACUCGAGGAUGGACAAAAAGGCAAAGGAGAUGGGAAUAUUUCGUGGGGUCUUGAGGAUGAUUCCGAUAUGACUCUUUCGAGGUGGACCGGCACUAUUAUUGGGCCGAGCAGGACUCCAUUUGAAUCUCGUAUUUACAACUUGCGAAUCGAAUGCGGACCAAAUUACCCAAAGGAUCCACCAACGGUGCGAUUCACCACGAAAAUUCACAUGAAUGGCGUCAGUCAGUCGAAUGGAGUUAUCGAUCGCCGGCAAUUGAACUCGUUGCGCAGCUGGAAUCAAAAUUUGUACAUCAAGAGUGUGCUUGAGGAUAUUCGCAAAAACAUGAUGACAGCCAAGGAAAACAUGAAGCUUGCUCAACCGCCAGAGGGUGCCACCUAU